GUCAAGUAUAAAGUCCGCAAUAUCUCUGUUGCCACUUUAACUCCAUUUCACUUGGCUUUUGAGCAAGCUUCAUGUCUCCCUAUUUUGACCUGCUUGUAAUCCAGUGAUGCAUCUAGUUCUUACCGGUGCCACGGGGCUCGUGGGCUCUGCGGUCCUGGAUGCUAUGCUCAAAGCCAAAGAUAUUACCAAGAUCACAAUCCUUUCUCGCCGCCAGGUUCCCAUGGCUGAAGCCGCCAAAGACCCACGAAUAAACGUACUUCUUCAAGAGGACUUCGAGAGGUAUACUCCGGACACUCUUGAGAAACUCCAGGGCGCAAAUGGAAUGGUUUGGGCUCUCGGCAUCAGCCAGACAAAAGUCACGAAAGACGAAUACAUCAAAAUCACCAAGACGUUUGCGGUCGCUGCUGCCGAAGCAGUUUCGAGCUUGGCAUCUCCCGACAAGCCCUUCCGCUUUAUCUACGUGUCCGGUGCAGGCGCCACACAGUCGCCAGGGGUCUUCACUCCCUUCUUUGGUGGUGUGAAGGGUGAGACCGAGGUAUUGUUGUCUGCUCUGCGCAGAACGCAUCCGGGUUUCUUAGCAGAAGCUGUUCGUCCAUCUGUUGUAGAUGGCAGCGCGCAUUGGGCUAUCAAGCCGUAUUUACCGAACCCCGGCUUCCUUUACAACAUAUUAGGAGCCGUCUUUCUAGCACCGACCAGAGUGCUAGCUCGGAAUUACCAUGCGCCAACUGAAUCGUUUGGUAGAUUUCUCACGGAGAUGGCAAUGGGGAAAUUCGACCAACAAUUAAAGUCACGCGAACUCUCAACACUGAAAGGUGGGCUGCGAAUCGUGGAGAACGUGGAUUUCCGCCAACUAGCGGGGCUGUAAUGCCGACAGUAGCAACAGUGCUACAUGGCUGUAAAAUGAGCAUGGCGAUGGCCCCCGCAACGCUAGUAACAACCUCUUGUUAAAUAAGUCGAAUAAAUAAUUACAGGUUUACAUAUAAUGUGUAAACGGAGGGCAUGGAUGGGAUGUGCUUUGGAAGGAAGAAGGAGAAAAGGAAAGAAGAAAAAUAAAGGAAUAAAGAAGAGGCUGCAAACUUUCAUUCUAGACUUCCUCAAAUACUAGAAGAUACGCGUUUACUCCCCCGCGUCGCACUGGGUCUUUGUAGCGAAGGGUACUGUUUUGAUAUAGCCUAUUUUUCUCCAUACUUACUGGGAGGUCAUGUACCC